AUGCUGCAUCGUAUUUUCUGUGAACAAGCUGGCAUUCAAUGCCUGCGUAUGGUCAGAUCAAAUGAGUAGUUUCAGUCUUGUGAUACUUAGGACCAAAUGGUGUUCAUGUUAUUGUAAUCCACACCACAUGCAGUGUGCAAUAGUCGUUGAUAGGUGUUGCUUCUGAUGGUAGCAGCCAGAGUGUGCCACUAGUUCAUUACAGCUUGUGUUGGUUCAGUCCAAAAACGAUACAUGUAGAUUUAGACAGGCUUGUAUAACAUCUGGACAUCAAUCAACACCUGGUUUCUUGUCAGUACUGUAGAUUAGAUCAGUACGUGUAAUCUUCCAAUAAAUUGAGCAUGCUCUAAACUGUCUUUAUUCUUGCUGCUUCAGGCCACGCUUUGAGGACAGCAUGAAGGACGAAGCGAUCAAAUGAUCAGAGAAUUGCCUUGCAAAUUUGACAAGGAGCAGAAGCAGCAGAAGGUGUCGAGGAGUCUGCGUUUGCAGACCUCGCAGGUGUUUGUGACGCCCUUGUCGGGCCUUGGCUGCUGCCGCUCGUUCAGGAACACCACAGACGUACGUCUGGAUGGCGUGGUGGUCGGCGAGGCAGAGCAGCCAGCGAGGGAGCUGCUUGAUGCAGGGGACGGCCGGUGGAGGAGCUUGCCGAGGACGGUCGGCGGGGGAGCACGCCUUUGCUCCCUGGAGUCCCCACCUCCUCUGCUGCUGGAGCUGUCGCGGACGGCCGGAGGGGAUGUGGGCUCACCGUCGACAGAGGACCUUGCCGGGGACGGACGGCGGGGGAGCUUGCCGGGGAUGGCCGGCGGGGGAGCUUGCCGGGGACGGCCGGCGGGGGAGCACGCCUAUGCUCCCUUGAAGCCCCGCCUCCUCUGCUCCUGGAGCGGUCGCGGACGGCCGGAGGGUGUGCGGGCUCACCAGCAGGGGUCGCGGACGGACGGCGGGGGUGCGGUCGGCGGUGGUCGCGGACGGCCGGCGGGGACGGAGCUCCGGCGCGGUACGUGGACGUGGAGACGGGAGAUGGAUUUGAUUUGA